AAGCCGUCGGAGUCAGGGUGUUGCUCCGCUACCCAGGAAGUAAAGUCAGGUUAGCUUGACGAGCAGGUUGUAACGCGUCAAUUUGCCGAUUGUUCUGUUCUGUUAGAAGUUGAUCCUCUUCCCAGUGGGACCACAGAGGUUAUUCAACAUGCUGAUCAAAGUUAAGACCCUGACCGGAAAGGAAAUAGAGAUCGACAUCGAGCCCACAGACAAGGUGGAGCGGAUUAAGGAAAGGGUCGAGGAGAAGGAAGGGAUCCCCCCGCAGCAACAGAGGCUCAUCUACAGCGGGAAACAAAUGAACGAUGAGAAGACGGCUGCAGAUUACAAGAUCCAGGGCGGCUCGGUGCUCCACCUUGUGCUGGCGUUACGAGGAGGAUCAGAAGCCCAGAGCUGCGGCCUACGCCUCUCCUCCUGGUCAUGAGCCGCCGCUGACGUGACACCUGCCCAGCGCCAACACCACGGCGUUCAAGACAGUGUUAGAGCUAAUUUGGCUGUUGCUAAUAAGAAAUAACAGGGGGGGAAACAUCUACCCCUCCAAAAAAACAGAAAAAUGGACGCUCUAACACACAUGUAGACCUUUUUUUUUUUGUGUUAUUCUAUGUUGUUUUAUUUGAGUUGGAACAGUUAAAGCACCACAGUUUAAAGACUAUGUGAUCUUUGCUUGUGAAUAAAGAUGAAAGGUGA